AUCUUCGGUAAUACUGGACAUGAGGAGGGUAUCUGAUUCCCAAAUACCGUACAUGAUGAUUUGAAUCCAUCCGUGACAUUAUUGUCCUUCUUAUUUCGUGCAUUCUUAAUGAUUUGGAGAUGUAGCCUGAGGCUUUCAUUUUUAUUUAUACCUCUCUCAGCCGAGAGAAACUACCUACUUAACCGCCAAGAUAUACCUGUUGAGGCUAUCAGUACCUGGGUGCUAAAACGCCAACAGCGAUAGGACUCUCUUGAAUGUUUUCACAAACUAUACGUCACAAUGGGAUUAGAUGAGCUCCCCGAUGUUGGGGGGACAUCCUUCAACCAGAAGGCAGCCGUUGUUUGGCUAGAACUACAGUCUGAAGACAAUCAACCAUCACUUGUUGAGGUUAUCUUCGAGGGGCUGCUUUCAAAUGCGUCGCAGCCCAAGCAAUCCUCAGUUAGUGCUUGCAGCAAAUUAUGCGGCUUCGUGGACCACUGCUCCAAGUCCACCUCGUCCGCGCUUAGAAGCUUUGCGUUCACUGAAGCGACCAGCAUGAAGCUGUUCAACUACUUCAUUGACUGGAACGAGCAAGAUUCUCAUAGGUCUAUGCGCCUUGUCCUUGAUUAUCUUGUUACUUCAAUCAUGUAUAAUCCUGAUGUGGAAAUAAGCAAGUCGAUUAAGAGUGCCAUUCUACGCGAUACAAUUUCAGUCAUCACUCUACAAGCCUCUAGGCCCUCGACGAAAUCUUCCAUGAUUGCCCUUGAUCAUCUCUUGCAGAAAAAGGUCGUGUACCUGGGCGAGGUUUUGCAUACUUAUCAACAUCUUUGCGGAGACACACACGAGGCAACGUGGGAUUCCUUCAUCUCUCGUGUGUUCGCCUGGAUGGAGUUCCAAAACGUGUGGACUGUAGCUGGUAAGCUUUUAGUCACCAUCUUAACACAGCCAUGGUAUCGAGAUGAUAAAUCUUCUAGACACCAUCCCAAUACCUGGCAUAAGUUUAUCUUGAAUGGUGUGAAGGUCAAUCCAGAGAUCCUCGAGCCAGUCAAGGUGUAUCUCUUCAUGCCUCUGUUUAAGGCCGAUGCGAGAUCAACUUUAAUGUAUGUUAGGGAGUUGACAUCAAUGCAGAAGAUUACAACCAAUGACAGCCAAGGAUGGGAUGUAAAUGCCAUGAUAUGGGUUGCUCUGCUCGAGGCAGGGAAAAAGACUGGCGUCGUGGGUGAACCAGAUCAUGGUUCAAAAAAGGUUGUCGGCGUAGCUAGUCAACUGCCAACACACAUCUUGGAGGGUUUGCUCUGCCAUAGAGCUCAUGAAGCACGCGCAUCUGGGUUAUCUAUCCUAGUUGCAUCGCCAACCACCACGAAGCCGUACGCUUUAGAGACUCUUCGGCUCUUGCAAAAAUAUCUUCCUUCAUUCCAUGAAGAUGUUGAUCCGAGAGUCAGAUACGAAGUUUUAGGCCAUUCAAGAAACAUGAUUCGACGCCUCCACAACUCCCUUGAUACUUUGCGCAAAGAAUCCAGUCGCGCGCCAAAGAAAUCGAAAGACAGACAACCAGCUUCCAAUGUCCCAACUCCAGUGUUAAAAACUGAACAAGUAAACCAUGGUGGCAGCCAAGUGACCAACGAACAAGCUGGGACUACAUCCACGGCCGAGAUUCUCCGUGGUCAUGAAGAAUUUAUCGAGUGGUAUGCGAGGUUCCUCAAGGGGGAGCUAGUCCCUACUGCCCCAUAUCAGCGCCAUAUAACAUCCCUGAGGGCCAUGAAUUAUUUCCUAAAGUCAAGUCUAGCCCAAAGAGACGAAAACUCUGUCAUAUGUCGGCCUGCCGGCUUUCUGAUUGAUAGUACCUGGUUUCGAUCUGUCCUUGACCUUAUCAUGGACCCAUACGAUGAUGUGAGAGAGACUGCCGCAUCGCUAAUAGUGCAUCUUCAGUCUGGAGGAUCAAUAUCUGGACCACCUAUGCGUAUUAAUGGUCUACAUGUUACUCCAAUUGAAGAACUGCAGACAUUUGCUAAGAAGGCAAAUGAGCUUGCGCUGAAGACUGCGCGUGCUGACCAUUGCGACGGCGCGGCAAGAACUCAAGAGUUGUUGUGUCGCUGGAGUUCUGACUUUGGGGAAGCACUGAAGGUGCUGGAAACUAUUUUCUCAAAUCUUGAGACAAAGCUUUGUGCAGCAGAAAGCGAUCUAGCAGCAGCAGUACUCCAAGCUCCUGUACAUGGUGAUUUCGCGUCUAUUAGGUACAUCUGGAAUUCACUUUCUGGUAUUGAGAUCGACCUGAACUCUCUCAAAGCCCUCGAAAAACUCCAAGAUCAAGUGAUUUCUUUCUGCCAACGCAUUUGGCAGGCAGUUCAAUACAUCCUGUGUGAUGAUUCACCUGAGGGCCACUUACCGGAGGAGUUACAACAAGUAGAGGGAUUGGACACGAAGGAUCUUUUAAGCUAUAGCUUCAGAGCUGUACACGAGUCAAGUAAUUUGAUGCGUACUAUAGCACAAAACGCGCGCUAUGAGAAGAAGCCCGGCUAUCUUGCUCCUUCUCAACGCAAUUUCGAAGAUAUCGGCAACCUAACGUUCGAAGAGUUAUCAAAUUUACGGCACAGAGGAGCGUUUUCGACUGUUUCUCAAACGUUUACAGCUUGUUGUCAACUAGUUCAGACCAUGUCUGACCACCAGAGCAUUGGCAGCGAUUUGUUAGAAAAGUGGUACGAGGGGGCACUGAAUUGUAUAUAUACUCAAGGCUCAACGACUCGAAGAUCGGCAGGUAUACCUGCUAUCAUCGUGGGCAUACUAGCGGCGAAGACGGAUGGCCCUUCUUUCAGGAUUAUCAUCGAGAAGCUACAGGAAAUAGGAAGGCAACCUGCUUUUGUUUCGGAGACAGACGGGUCUAACCUUUCACAAGUACAUGCCCUUAAUUGUUUGAAAGAUAUCUUUAAAACAUCUUUCUUAAGCCAGCGAGCCGAACCAUACUUGACAGAUUGCUUGCAGUUAGCCGCGUUGAGUCUCCAAUCGGAAGUAUGGGCAAUCCGAAACUGCGGUCUUCUGCUUCUACGAAGCUUAAUAGACAGCCUCUUCGGUACAAACGAGACCAAGCUAGCGAUGGAAGCUGGAUGGGAUGGUCGAACUGUUAGGAUCUCGUACCAUAAGUAUGAAGCGCUCCCUUCGCUUCUCGUCAACCUUUUGGAGCUAGGAAAGAAGUCAACCGGAGCUACAAUCGGAACACAGACAGCUGAAGCGGUAUUCCCAGCACUUGAUAUCAUUCGAAGAGCUGGGCCACCGGAAGGAUACAUUCAAAAGCUCUAUGAUGUCAUCUCUUGGUAUCUCGGAAGCCAUAUAUGGCACGUGAGGGAGAUCGCCGCGAGGACCAUAUGCUCUUUACUUCUCACACCUAGUUGGUUGCAAUCGGUGGCAGCGUUAAUUGAUAGUUCCGGCCAAAACUCCAAUAAGCUACACGGAGCGCUCUUGACUCUCAGAUUUCUUCUCGAACGGCUUGUUCAAGUCAUGCCAGACCAACUUUCUGACCCGAACGUGAACGCCGUCUAUGGUAUUUUGACCGAUUUAUCGACUUCAAGCAAUUGUCUAGAUAUAUGCACAGAAGCUCAGGCUGUGUACAUUGAUAUUCUAAACUUCAUGGCAACUACCGUCAAGAAACAACUCAAUAAGCAGCUCGAAUCGCCAACAAUAGCCAAUUCCCAGCAGGGCGCCAGCAACAAACCACUAGCACUGCUAAAUAUAAGAAGGGGUGAAGCGAUUGUACACGGAGUCAUCGAAAAUUCAAACGAGAAAGCAAGCGAUAUGCUAGACCAGGAACUGGAGAUCGCGCUAGCCACUGACAUCAAUGUCGCAUGUGCAAUGCUUGAGGCUAUAUCACGUAAUGACUUAACAGAGACGGAAGCGGCUUAUACACGUCUCGUCACUACAUAUUUCAACGUAUGUUUCGCUACGAAAGCACCCGAGCCACGAACAGUAGCAUUAGAAGCUCUUUCGACACUCAUAGACAGAAUUUUGAGCUCGUCUUCGGCUGAUAAAAUACUGACUAUUGUCCCGCCCGAGGAGAUAAUGCUGGCUCUAUGGGCGGAUCUUCACCAUGACUAUAUUAACCCAGCCCUUGCAGACGCUAUCAUACGUAUCAGCGGGCCACUCCUCGCUAUCUCUCUUAUUAGGGCUGAUCAACACAUUGAUGAAAGCUUUGCGCAACGGCUAGCCAGCUGGGCAGCUCUGGUGAGCGACGCUGGGAUGGCAUACAGAACUUUCGAUACUCGUAUAGCUGCCGUUGCAGCUAUCAACUCCUUAUCUUAUAUCGUGAGAUUUUCUAAAGAAGACCCUGAGACGAAUGUCUCCGGAAUGUCUCCUGCUCACUUACCUUGGAUUCUGGCACUUUACGACGCGCUCACAGAUGAUGAUGUAGAGGUCCGGGAAGCUGCCGCCGAAGCCGCCAGCCCACUUCUGGGUUCGCCGCUCGUGCCAGCUGAGGCCGGCGCCCGACUCUUGCGCUGGCUUGCCGAGCACUUUGGACAUGAGCCUGACUUCUUGAUGCACGUCGCAGGGCGUAUGGUGGGACAUAACUUCGGCUGUACAUCUUUCGUCACUCCGCGCGCUCCAACAGGGAGCUCAACUGAGGUUAAUGGCGUCAGCUGGGUAUCGGCAAAAGAGCAGCUCACAGAGGCGAUGCGGUUCGACGACGCGUUGUUUGUCAUCGAGGAGCAUAACCAAUAUAUCGACGAGGUGCGAGAGGCAACAAGGUGGACUGAUGUGUUCUUAACGUCGAGUUCAUACGGAGCCAAGGAAGCCUUUAGUGAUGCAAGCAAAGCUCUCGGAGAAUGGACGCUCGAGAGUCUGCGCACACUGAUCGAAAUUGCUCAAUCUGAAUCCGCCGCAGGUGGCGAUGGGCCCUUAGGAUGGACAUCGAAACCCCAGGUGUUUGCGAUCUGCGCGCGGAUCUUGCUCUGUGCUUCUGCGCUUGCGAAAGUAAAAAACACACAAACUAAAGUCGAUGGCCAAGAGCCAAACGAGGGUCAGGGAGAUGAAGGGAAGCUAUACGAGAAUGUAGCAGAAGAACUCGACAGGUUCUGCCAGCUGGGCCGCAGUGAUCAGACAAGACUCCAUGGGUUACUGUUAAGUAUGUGCGAAAUAGGAGAAUACCGGUAGAAUAGAAUAAAAUUGUCAUCUGUUACUGUGAAAUUCAACUCUUGUGCUAAUCUGUGCCCUCGUGCGCGCCGUGAAUUAUCAAACUGCAGUUGGUUGGUUCGAACCAUUUUCUAUAUUUAAUCAUUUGCGGAUUUCAAGCAAUAUGUCUCGUGUUGUAUGUAGAUUUCAAGGGGGAACAUGCUAAUUGUUCCAUUUUUU